CAGAGCUCCGUAGACCCAACCCACGCUCCAUCUCUCUCAACCUUAUCCAUCUCCCUAACCAAUACGCUAACCGCCCGUCUCUCCCCUCCGCUCUAUAUAUACCCUUCGUCCUUCCCUAUCAGUCCCUGUCCCUGUCCGUGUCCGUUCAUUCAGUGUUUCUCAGCAAUUGCAGAGGUUAAUUCAAAUCCACCUUCUUCCAUUUUACCCAGCGUUUUUGUUGCUUUCUCAGAACAAAAAUGGCAGACAUAGCUAUGUUAGUUGCAGAGGAGUACGAGCGGAGGGUGAAGAGCACCGCCAGAGAUCGCGCCGGAGCUGAACCGGAGACCGUCGAUCUGUUCUCCUAUGUUCCGAUCUUGGCCCGGAGGCUGGAGGGGAAGCAAUCCCCUCAUUGGGUUAAGAUCGGGAAAGUUAAUGGAGGGGAGAAAUUGCAGAUUUUGAAAUGGGUUUCGGAGCCCAAAUCCCAGAUUGGUGCUGCGGCCAUCAAUGGCUUCUUCUCUGCUUGAAAAUUUCAGUUUCUUAAAAAAAAUAUGUAUUCUCUAAAGAGGUGCAGUUGAUUCCCGAAAUCCUCUGUUUCUUGUUUGUUUGUUUGCUUUUUUUUUUUUUCUUUUUCUUUCUUUGUUUCUUUGAUCUGUAAUUAGUAUUUUUCAUUGGAAUGUACAUAUUAAUCAAGGGUUUCUGGCCCGGUGAUGCUGAUUUUA